UCGACCUCCACUACGACUAUAACCCCAACGCGUUGGCCUCUGGGGGUCCUGGAGACCCAAACGCUCCGAAGCCACCGGACAUACAUUCCAGUGGGGACCCCACUGGAGAGUUGGGGGGCGGGCAGGAUGGCGAGACUGGAGGUGGUCCGAAGGCACCUGAUGCGCUGCCCGAGAGCGCUCCGCUUAAGAUGAUAGACAGGCUUAGUGCGGUGAUGCGCAAGAUCGGACAUCAUUGUGCGUAUCAUAUUGGUCCAGGCAUCAUAGCCAGCGUGGCGUACUUUGAUCCAGGCAACUGGACCGUCGAUCUCCAGGCUGGUGCGGAGUAUGGGUAUUCCCUGCUCUUCGUCGUCCUCAUUGCUGGCCUGGGCGCCGUGCUCCUCCAAGUUCUCGCCUGUCGGAUGGGCGUAAUCACCGGCCUAGACCUGGCACAACACUGCCGUCGUCUGCUCUACCCGCGCAAGCUCACACGUUAUUUUGGACUGUACCCUCUGUACUUCCUCUCCGAAGCGGCGAUCAUCUUCACCGAUCUUGCCGAGUUACUCGGGUCAGCCAUAGCGCUCAACCUGAUCUUCCCGUCUCUCCCUCUCUGGGCGGGUGUACUGAUCACCUCCGCUGAUGUCCUUGUCAUCCUCGCACUCUGGCGCCCUGCGCCAGAUGGCGGACUAGGCAAAGCGGGCCGAGCUUUUGAAGCGGGUAUCAUCAUCCUCUGCCUCGCCGUUCUAGGAUGCUUCGUCGUCCUCAUCGUCCGCGUCGGUCCGCUCUGGGGACCGGUAUUCAAGGGCUUCAUCCCCAACGGCGCUGUAUUCCAACCCAAUGGGUUAUACAUCUCCAUCGGCAUCCUGGGUGCCACCGUGAUGCCACACGCGAUCUUCCUAGGUAGCGCGCUGGCGACACAGAGCCGUCAUCCAGCACACGCGAGGGCCGCGGGGCUCGCUCGCGCCUGUCCAACUCGCAACGGCUCAACAGAGGGCAGCCCGACUGCUCCCCAGCUCCCUGCGCUCCUCCCCCUCCCAAGCAUAACCUCAUAUCCAUCUUCACCCGUUCACGCCCAGAUGGACGAAAGCCCGAAGAGCUCCGUCGUCCAUCCCUCGGUCUUUGGAAAGCUCGAGAGCCUCUUUAUCUGGGACCCGCGUAUGGAGGCCCCGCGCUGGGAAGGGAAUAACAGUAUGGCUUUUGUGCGCGCGCAUUUGGGCCACGCCACGACGGAUAUCGUCUGCAGCUUACUGUUGCUGGCGUUAGUCAUCAACUCCGCGAUCCUCAUCUUGGGUGGUACUGCCUUCUACUACCACACCGGACCCAGCCCAGACGCCGAUAUCUUCAGUGCUCACGCCCUGCUCUCGGACAAACUCGGUCCACCAGCAGCGUUCCUUUUCGCGUUCGCCCUUCUCUGUUCCGGCCAAAGCGCAAGUGUGACCGCCACCAUGGCAGGGCAAGUCGUUUCCGAGGGUUUCCUGGAAUGGCGUGUCUCCCCAUUCGCGCGUAGGCUGUUGACCCGCCUCAUCGGCUUGAUACCUAGUACGAUCGUCGCCGUCACCGCUGGGAGGACGGGAUUGGAUACUCUGCUCGUUGCGAGCCAGGUUGCGCUUAGUAUCUGCCUUCCAGGGGUCAUACUUCCGCUGUUGUGGGUCACUGGAGGGAGGAAAGCACGGAUGGAGGUUGUUCUCGAUGAAACCCCUUUCGAGCGCCCUUCCUCCGCAAUCUCGGCUCCGCAGUCUUCCGACGUGCAAGCAACUGCUGAUGUCCAUCCCGUCCAACUCAGCCAAGCCACCGCAGCUACAGAUGCGGAGCAAGGCUCCAAGCACGUCAAAUCGUAUGCGAAUCAUUGGACGGUCAAUGUCCUCGGCUGGUUGCUCUUCGUGGCUAUCUGUCUCGCCAAUGGAUAUGCGAUCGUUGAGCUUUGCUUGGGAAAUUCGGGGUGAUCAGGAUAUCCAUCGAGAGCAGGUGAUGGAAAUAAGAAUGACGAGAAAGUGAACGGACUGAGCUCUGAUGAUGAAAUGCGCACUCUUUUAGUUACAUGGACUCGAAGACCCAUACAUCCAAUCGUUGGUGCAAUCAUGUGCCUCUUGAAGCUGCCACCGCUUGUCUUUUAGACGUUCAAUAGAAUGCC